AUGACAGCAAUUAAGAAUCUAGAACCAGAGACAGAAGUAAUGAUCUAUAAUUGGACAUACUUUUGGAAGAGACUGAAGUCAAUUAAAGGAAGCUUAACAGAAGAAGGGCAGAUAUAUAUACAAUGGCAGAGUACCAAGUUUGCCAAAACAAAGUUAAAGAAACACAAGCACAUCUGGCAUCAUGCAAGAGACAAACAAGUUUUUAAAAAGAAUUUAGAAAGUAUUCACUGCAGCAGCAUGGAAAGGAUUAAAAGAAGAAGAAAAAAUCCAAGAAAAAGAAGUAGAAAUAACAGGCAAAGCAAAGAAAGGAAUCCAAAAGAAGAAAAAAACCCAAGCAAGAAAAAGAAGGCUAAUCAACAAGAGAUAGAAGAAAGGAAAAAGAAGGCAAAAAAAAAAGAAAAACAAAUUGAAGAUGAAGUUAGGAAAACAAUGUGA